UCCUAAUAUUAUUAAGAAGUACCCAAUAACAGGUUUAAAUCCCUCCCUCUGAAGUAAAGUAUAAAAGAUAGGACUCCUCAUCGACCAUCACACAAUCUACACUGAAGUUCUGAAAGUGAAGAUUUGACAGGAAGAUUCAUCAUGGCAGUCAUGAGAGCUCUUGUGCUUCUUUUCUUGGUCUUUUCUGUUGAGAGUGCACCUGCAGCUCAUGAGAAAUGCCCACCUGGAUGGACACCUUUUGAUGUGAAAUGCUACAAAUACUUCACUCAUUUGGUUGACUGGGUCAAAGCUGAGAAAAACUGUCAAUCUGUUGGUGCAAAUCUUGCAUCUGUGCACAAUACAGCGGAAAACAGCUUUCUUCUGAGUCAGCUUAGGUAUUCUGACACUCGUGCUUGGAUUGGUGGUCAUGAUGGUGAAAUUGAUGGACAAUGGCUGUGGUCUGAUGGAUCUCAAAAUCACUUUACCAACUGGUGCCCUGGACAACCUGACAAUACUCAUGGUAGAGAGCACUGCCUGGAGAUAAACUAUAGCAAUGACCGUUGCUGGAAUGAUGCGCCCUGUUACUUCACAAUGAGCUACAUUUGUGCCAAACCUAUGAGAUCAUGAAAAAUCUGUUUCAAAAGUACUAUGAUUAUACUACAUGCCUAUACAUUGUUUUUCUGAUCUUAUCCUUAAAAUUCAGUAUCUUUCGGAACCUUUCUGAAAACUUCUCCAAUGAAUAAAAGCAUUU